AUAUCAUUGUAGGUAUUAACGGAACUCAUAUUGUGAGUUCUACUCCAAAUUUCCAACGCGAGCCAACUAAACCGCUCCAGCACAAUCUCCGGCCAGUCGAGCAAGCCUAUCCAAGAGCAUACUUUAGCUUACACAAUAGGUUUCCUUUGCAAUCUUUGAUCGGCAAACAUGAGCGAAGGAAAUGAGGCUAGAGAAGCGGUGGCGACAAUCACAAGAGGUGGGACGCAAAGCCUAUCAGAGGGCUCUACUGUGUGUGUUGCUGGCCCCCAUUUGCCCUCUCCACAGCAUCCAGAUGAAAGUCCCUCGCGAGCACCACUGCUUGCUCGAACGCCAACUCGCGUCUCGCCAUAUCCGUUGCGACUUCGGACACCCCCUCAAGCACUGACACCGCCUCUACACCCUCAUUCACGAACGUCACCACCGCAAGGCCCGUCAGUAUCCCGAAGGGUGACGGCAUCUCAACUGGAGUCUGAUCAAUUCCAACUGGUUGUCAAACGCCAUUGUCAAAAACUCACUUGGACAACGUGAAAUCUCUGGUGAAACGCUAAACAACUUUCUGGCUGAGAGAUCCACCUUCCAGGACAUCCUACGCAAGCUUUGGGAGAAGUUCAGCCAUCGAAUCAAAGGUCGGGCCGUCAAAGUGGAGGAUGUUUGGACUAUGGAGCCAUCGACGAUGUCUGAUUAGACUAAGCUCAUGCAGUUUAAGUGCAACAAUCACAUAGUUGACAAUGAAAAGACCGAGGAUGCCUGGAACCUCUGGAUGUCCUCGCGACGUAGGAAGACAAUCAAGCUCAUAAUUUACGCGUACGAGACAUCCAUCACAAAGGCGAGGGACCUUGAAUCGUUUGCAGCAGCAUGAGUACGACCUCUUGCAACUGAGCUCGCAGGUGCAGCGGCCGAGAGCUCGCUUCGCGACGUAGUCUCGCAGCCUUAGUCGCGUUGGAAGUCCAGUUUUCGCGCAGAGACUACUGUGUGGCGAAUGUGGGCGACCCACAUCACACGAAAUCUGAAUAAGUCUAAAUGGAGCGAUGCAAUUUCGGAGCCUCCACCAGAGUAUAUUACAAGUCUUCUCAGGCAGACCAAUUCUCAGGCUGAUAGCAGCAGGUAGUCGUCUAGUCAAGAUCAGCAAAAAUGGCGCUAGACUGCGUAAAUGCAUCAAUUUCGCACAGCCAGCAAAUGCGUCAAGAUGUUGAAGACCUCAUACUGCAACAGGAUGCCCAAGAUAAGGCCCUGCUCGCGCGAAAGUCAGUCAUUGAGAAGUUCCUCUAUAAUACCCAUCCGCCCCGCGGCCAGUGACGUGAUUGAUCCACUUACGACAAUUGAAAACGUUGAUGACGUUGAACAUCAAGAUUAAUUUGUCGGUAGGCACGAAGCACUCGCCUUACUUCAACCUAGAACUGCCUGCGUCUCUCAAUAAACCCCAAUUCGUCUUCUACUUCCUCGGGUCCCGUAUCACUACCACAAAGGUCAAUGAUGUGUCGAUUAUCCGUUGCCAUUGGUCCAGUGGAAUCGAAAUGACCCUGGAUUUGCCAGCCACAGCGCUCAAACACUCUCGUCAUACAAUAAACUUCAAACCGGCGAAAUGUUUUCACUACAAACGGUAGUAAAUCUCGUCCGCUUUUCUCGUUGUAAUACCUCCGGAAUGCCUUCUUGAUAUACCCAAACAUGUACUCGAUUGGG